AUGGCGGGUACCAGCCGCCACCAGACGAGGGCUGAAGUAAAGAUUGGCAAAUAUGAUACACUGAGAGAAAAGGGAGGAAGGGCACAGAGCGGGUGCCAUAACGUUCUUGUCGGGGAGGACGCGGUGGUGGUGGUUGGUGGUGCACUACGGCCGACGGGAGGGAAUUGCAAUCCCAUGACGAACCACGUAGAGAGCUGUGCCCCUCGACAUAUGAUAGAUAUGCUGUCGGACUCCCAGUUUGGAUCUUCUUCCAGACCGGAGAAAAGCAAAGUUGAUCAAUAUCCAUUUCCUAGCUCCGACUGGGGAUCCCUUUAUCCCCGCAAAUCACUUCACUUUGUGAAACUGUAUGUUACAAAUGACGGCACUGCUGGCCAUGGGCCUCGGAUAGGAGUACUUUAA